CCUUUUUGGAUUUGGAUCGGUCCAAAAUUUAUUUACAUAAUUUACAUGGAAAACACCCUCCAACAGGAAACUUUUAAUUAAUUAUUGAGACAAUAAUUACUUUAUUAAAAUGUCAAGCAAUUAUAUUUUUUUAACGAACCGUCUUUGAAGCAAAUAUGGAAUCUUUCUCUGCGUUUUCUUUCCCCUAUAAAAGUACUAAUUGUUCCUAUUUUUUGUCCUCCAUCAAACCCUAGACGCAGCGUCGUGAGAACUACAAUUAAUCCAAGAAAACUCUUCCUUCUUCUUAUUAUUCUUCUUCGUCUUGGGUUUGAGAUUCAGUUUUAGCAAAGACGACGAUCCGAUCUGAUCAUGGGAUCCGAAACAAUCAGUGAAUCGGAACCAGGGCAUCCGUCUCAUCGAGAGGUGGUAAUACGAUCGGUAUGGUCGAAAAACUUGGACUAUGAGUUGGCGUUGAUCCAAUCUGUGAUAGAUUUGUACCCGUGCAUCUCAAUGGACACGGAGUUCCCCGGCGUUGUGGUCCGACCGAACGCCGACCACUUUGGCAUCCAGCUUCGACAGCCUGACCGGCAUUAUCUGGUCCUCAAGGCCAAUGUGGACCGCCUGAAUCUGAUCCAGAUCGGGCUCACUCUCUCGGACGAGGAGGGAAACCUCCCGGAUCUUGGCACCAAAAACCUGUACAUAUGGGAGUUCAACUUCCGGGACUUCGAUGUGGCGCGUGACCCCCACGCGCACGACUCGGUCGAGCUGCUGAGGCGUCAGGGCAUCGACUUCGAGAAGCACCGGGAGUUCGGGAUCGACUCGGUUCGGUUCUCCGAGAUUAUGAUGUCUUCGGGGCUCGUGUGCAACGACUUGGUGACGUGGGUCACGUUCCACAGCGCGUACGAUUUCGGCUACCUAGUGAAGAUACUGACUCAGCGGGUCUUGCCGGACGAUUUGAUCGAGUUUCUGGAGCUUGUGAGGGUGUUCUUCGGGUCUAGGGUUUUCGACGUGAAGCACCUGAUGCGGUUCUGCGCGAGCCUCUAUGGUGGGUUGGACCGGGUUUCCCAGGAGCUCAGUGUGGUCCGGGUCAUCGGAAAGAGCCACCAGGCGGGGUCGGAUAGCCUGCUAACACUGCACGCGUUCCAGAAGAUCAGCAAGGAGUACUUUGGCAAGAGCAAUCCAAUUGAAAAGUACGCUGGCGUUUUAUAUGGAUUAGAUGUAUCUGAUAUUUGAUGGAAUCUAUUACUUGUAGAUUUCUAGUUGAAAAUAAAAAGUAAAAUCUAUGCACAUUUCUCUUAAUCCAUAU